CUCCUUUCCAUUCCUCUUGUGGCCUUUUUCUUUAUUUUCUUGUGUUCUCAUCCUAUAUAUAUAAUAUCUUCUACCAUUCCUAUGUCCUUGUUGUUCUAAACAAUUAUUCCUUCCUCUUGUUGUAAGCGCCGUUUGGUAUUCCAUUGUUCUUUCCUUGCAACAAGCCAAGAAAAAGGCGUCGUCUUUGGGUUGAAUCCCAUCUGGAAGCAGGCCCGGGCGACAAAGGAUGGCGAUUGGGGACAUGCUUUCUCGAUGAUGCAUGCCAAUGGUGGGGGAUUCGCGUUCGAGCUCUCAUUUUCCUCGUAAAAAAGGGGUCUUUAUAGUCAUCAGAAGGAUUCUUUUGUUCUUUUCUUGGUCUUUGAGUUCUUGAAUCUUGGUGGAGAUUGUUUUGGGUGGUAAUCUCCCCAUCCUGAUAGUUUUCUAUUAGAUUGCUCUUGGUGGAUUUAGAAAGGUGUUCUUGCCACAAAAAAAGUAGCGAUUUUUUGUCCAUUGUUCUCCGAUUUGGUUGCUAGCUUUUGGGGAUUAUGGGGUUUCUAAGUAUUAUGGGGAAUUCCUUCGGGUGCUCUGCAUCAGGGGAGAGACUGGUCUCCGCGGCAAGAGAUGGGGACCUUCAGGAGGCCAAAGCGCUGCUGGAAUACAAUCCCCGGCUUGCCCGGUACUCGACCUUUGGUGUUAGGAACUCACCCCUUCAUUAUUCUGCAGCUCAGGGCCACCAUGAGAUUGUCUCUCUUUUGAUCGAAUCUGGAGUUGACAUUAACCUAAGGAACAUAAGCGGACAGACUGCAUUAAUGCAAGCUUGUCAAUAUGGUCACUGGGAGGUUGUUCAGACUCUUAUGCUUUUCAAAGCUAAUAUUCACAGAACAGAUUAUCUCAAUGGUGGAACAGCUCUCCACUUGGCAGCUCUGAAUGGGCACACUCGUUGCGUCCGUCUUCUCCUUACCGACUAUGUUCCAAGCAUACCUGAAUUUUGGAAUAUGAUGAGGGGAAAAUCAACCCAUGAAUCCUCUAUUCCCGACUUUGACAAGAGUUCCUUGUCUAAACUAGUUAACCAAAAGGCAGAUGGAGGCAUCACGGCACUUCAUAUGGCAGCAUUAAAUGGGCAUGCAGAGACUAUGCACUUACUCUUAGACUUGGGUGCUUCUGUUUCCCAGGUCACGGUGGAAGACGGGUCAACAAUUGAUCUGAUAGGUGCUGGAAGCUCGCCCCUCCACUAUGCUUCUUGUGGUGGAAGUGCAGUUUGCUGUGAAGUUCUUAUUGCCAGAGGAGCUAGUUUGGAUGCUGAAAACUCGAAUGGGAUUGAUACCUUGUCUGACUCUCUGGACUUUAAUCAAAUCCUGAUGAAAGUGCAAAUAGAUGAUACAUUUCCAUGUUGGACUCCUUUGAUGGUAGCCCGUUCAUGGCAUAGAAAUUGGCUUGAGGGCAUCUUAAGUAAUCAACCAGAUCAUCGCGUAAAGAUCCUUCCUUCCCCGUAUAUGUCUCUUCCCCUUAUGAGCAUCAUGAGGAUUGCUAGAGAAUUUGGUUGGAGAAGCACAAUCCAGUCGCCUGCAUGCAUUGAUCCAUGUGUUGUUUGCUUGGAAAGAAGAUGCACAGUUGCUGCUGAAGGUUGCAAUCAUGAGUUCUGCACCAGAUGUGCUCUCUACCUGUGUUCCACCAACAGCACAUCCACCAUCCUGUCUCUUCCGCCGGGAUCAAUACCCUGCCCCCUCUGCCGGCACGCCAUCGUAUCGUUUGCCAAGAUCCCAGGGAUGAGCCCAAUGAGGGAGCUGCCAAGAACGAGCCUCUCCUUGUCUCUCUGCGCCACGUGCCCAGCCGCGGACGGAUCGGAUUCUACUACUCCCAUGGCCACUCAGCUCUGCAAGCCAGACUUCCACUGCACACGGAUCCCUCCUCUGGGUUCCUCCUCGUUCUGCAUGGGAGUUCCUGAGACGAGCUCAUGCCUGAUGAGAUGCUCGAGGUCUUUGAGGCGAUCGGCCUCUCAAGGGGAGGGCAGAGGGAGAUCGUGUCUUUUUGCCUUAAGCCAUAUUGCCGACAGCAGUUGAAUUGGUGCAUGGCCGCGUCACGUCUUCCUCUUCUGCUGCUGCAUUGCGUGAAUGGUUUGAUGAAGUGCCAAAGGACUCGGAGCUUUCUCUAUAUACAUAGAUAUAUUCUUAUUAUCUGUGAAUAGAUUGUCUUGUGCUUUUGGUGUGCUGUAUAUGUACGGCAUUUUGCUAGUUGCUUCGUUCACAGUUCUUAUUGUGCUGCUGCGUCAUUGAGCUCA